GGUUGCCUGAGGAGGUGAAGAAGAAACGGUUCGUCUGUCGGUUAUAUUCUCGAAACCGGUGAAAACUUCCAAACAUGGGUCUCUGGGGCUUUUUCUAAGCUUGCUUCAACAUAUGAUGUUGCAAUUUGCAUCAGAAAAUUUUGCAAACUGGAUUAUUUUCCCAAACAAUGGACAAGCUUGGGGGCUCUGGCGUUUGCACAUCUAAUCAUCUGAGCGGGACAGCUAAUAACAUAACAGUAACUCUGGACACCAUUCCAAAGGCCUAUGAAGGACCAACAGCAUUUGGACAUGACUGGACACAUUUAUCACAAAGAGUUCAAAUCAGCAACACACGGACCUUGGCAUACCAUCAAAGUAAUAACGAAUCUUGCUUACGACAGUCUAUGGUGUCAGUUAAAGGACAGACUGGACAGAGUAGAAAUCCUUGUUGUACAGCAUCUCUCCAGAGACAAAACUAUCCUCAACAUGAUUUGAAACAUUUCUCUUCGAAUGAUAAACUGACAGUAACCUCUGGAGGAAGUAAGAAACUUCAGAAAGGUCCAGUUCUGUUAAGUUCUUCUUCCUUCGAACAGCAAAAUGCAUCUUCUGCCUCAAUGACCACAAAUAUGACACCACAGUCUCUGCAACAUAUGAUUGUUGUGAAUAGUAAUAAUCUCAAUGGAAACUGGAAGAACAGUCUAUCCAAUCAGCAGCAGCAUUUGAAGACUGUGAAUAGUUUACCUAAGAAUGCUAUCGGUCAGGGAUUGUCCACUGAUGUUCAGCAUUUUGGUGUUAUUUUGGCACCAACUCAAACAAUCCAAAUGUGUCAAGAAAAUGCUUAUAUGUCUAAAGAUGUACAUCAGCAGAAGCUCAUGUCUCAGAAAGCUAUUGCUGUUGUUACACCAUUGACUCAAGAUGUUGUGGCAGGUGAUACAUUUUCAAAUAAUGUGAACAAAGUAAAGGAGGGAGUCCUUGAUACAAGAUUUGUACCAAAUAAAAAUAGACCUCAAUCUUACAUUUCACAUAUGGUACAGUCAAGAAAAAAUGAAAGUUGUGUAAAAACCUUGAAUGAUAAUACACCUCAAACAAAGGGAGCACCAGUACUAGCCACUCAUGUGAUGAGACCUGCUGAAAAUACCACAUUUCCUGGUCAGAGUCAAAGAUUAUCAUUGGCCACUGUUAAAAGUGUAAGUAGUGAGUCAAAGUUGACAGCACAGCCAUAUCCCACUGUUGAUAACUGUACAGUUACAUGGAGACAUAAUGAAACUACAAUGGAUGUUAGAUUGGAUAAGUUGUCUGCCAUACAUGUAAAUGAAUGGACUCUUCAGAGGUUGCGCAGUUUGGUGACUGACAUGGAGCAGAUACAAAAAGGAUACCAGAAAAACAUACCUUGCAAUGACAUCUCCAGUGAGAUAGUAAAGUUGUAUUGGAAUGGACAUUAUCAAAACUUUUGCAGUGCAGCAAAGUCAGACAUUUAUAUUAACAUCAUGAAAGAAGUCGAACAUCACUGUGGAAGAAAAGAUUCUGUAAUAUUCCAGGCAGUUUCAAAAGAGACACUAAAAGAAGUUGCAUCAAGAUUUCACAUAUUAGAACAUGGCAUUGUACCACCCAAGACGGUUUAUACAUCAUCUUGGCUAAAUCUCAGUGAGGAGCUCUACGAGCUUGACAAGGGACAUGACCGUCUAUCAUCCUUCGCGACUUUGCAGCCUGAACCAAAAGUUGCUAACCAGGAAAUGCCAGUUAAAGAAAUGGAAAACGUUUAUAAGCCUUCAAAUGAGAUGGCAAAGGUAUCUGAUGAGGCACUUCGUGGAGGAGAAAAACAGAGCAAACUAUUACCACCUGAGCAUCAAAAGCGUUUCAGUGUUAAAGCUGACAGAAUUGCAGAAAAAGAGCAAGUGGUCAUGACUGUUGAAAAUAAAUGUAUUGUCAGAGAGAUGGAAGGACAAAUUAGUAUGGCUGUGAACAAUGUGCUAAGCAAAGAAGUGCAAAUGGAGAAACAAAAUAAAACAGUAGGUGAAAAUGAGCCUCCUUUGAGCGUGUCUUUAAAUACACAAUCAUCAGAUGUGGGUGAGAUCUCUAUGACACCAGGGAAUUUGCUUCCUACCACAGACUUGACUCCUGUGAUGGACAAAGAUGGAUAUACAGACUGCAUUUCUGAGGAGAUGACCAUCCUUCCACUAGAGAAAGAUAGAAGUUUUGUUCCUCUGGAGCAAGAUGAAGAAGUGAAUAACAUACUGAAAGCAGAUGCACAGAUUUCGAAAAGCAGCAAGGGUCCAUCCACUGUGGAAUUAUUUGACCAGGAUAAAAAGAUUAUGGGUACUGAAAUUAAAUCUGAUGAAAGACAAAGUAAAAUUCUAAUCAAUAGUCAGGUGGAGAACUACUGUUGUCUUGCUAAAUGGUUUCAAAUUUUGGGCUAUAGAAAUGGUGGACAUUGCAAUUGUGAGAAAAAAGCAGAACUUGGCCAUCAUGCUGAAACCUCAGGGAAAGGUGUAAAGAAGGUAAAAGUGAACAAGCACAGGCAUUCUUUCAAAAAAACUUGUAACCUUAAUGAUACUGAGACAUCUGUAUUGAGAGAUAAAAGACGAGCAAAAAAAAGACUUGGAUACAGAAGCAUGACUGGAAAAAAAUCUGUUACCUCAUCAAUUGAUGAUGAUAAUGAUGAUGAUGAUGAUUCCAGCAUGGAUGAGAUGAAGAUUGUGGAUGUAAUCACAAACUCUGAAGAUGUACUUAAAUUGAUGAACACCGUGUCAGAGCAAUUGAUGGAAACACCUAGAGCAAGUUCUUCGCAUGAGUCCACAUCAGUCAGAAAACAUUGCAGACACGAAGGGAUUACAACGCCAGAGUUCAAGAGAGGAAAUACACGAAUAAAUCUUGCAUUAUUUGGCACAUCACAACUAAGACAUAAGAAAAAUAUAUCUGUGGUCACAUCAUCGGAUACAGUGCAUCUCCCCCCAGAAACAAUUAAUGUAAGAAUAGAUUCUGGAGGGAAUGAGUACUCCAACAGUACCAAAAGCCAGACUUCUAAACAGCAAGUUUGGAAUUCCUGGAAGAAGACCCAUGUGCCAUUAAAAAUGUCUACUAACAGAAAAUCAAAGAAUCAGAAACAUAAAAAUGCUGCUGAUACCUCUGUUAUAAAAACAGCAGUGCUUACUAAGAGCACUACUUUUCCAUCAUGUAAAGAAGAUGCACAAAAACAUUUGUCUGAAGCAUCAGCUGACAAACAGAGAAAUACAGCUAUCCGUCAGUCCAAGAAAAAAUCCAGGAGGAAAGAACUUUGUACCAGAAACGAUAGAAUUAGGAAGCUGAAACGAAAAAAAAUGUUAGCAUCAUUUAACUUGAGCAAGAGAUGGAAUUAUGCAAAUAAUGCAAGUAAACUGAUGAAGUCAUCUUUUCCAGCUCAGACUAUUAAUACAAGUAAACAUAAAUUAAACCCGGGUUCAGCUUUAAAUUUCAAUGUUCUGCCAGAAUCUUUCAACAUAUCAGAUGAUACUUCAUCUUCAUAUCAAACAGUACUUCAAGUCAAUCGAUCUGCAAGUACAGAUAGCACCACAGAAGUUCAACCUGUGGUGCAGAUGAAAAGGCCAUGGAAUAUGUCAGGUACUUGGUGUGACAGCCCAAGGAAGAAAAAGUGCCUCAAACCUACCUCUACCAUACCAAACACAUCAGGCACCAGUACAUUUCAAGAAUUCAAAAAGAAAUAUGAGGAAAAAAAGCAAGGAAUUCCUCCCUAAUUUUUAAGUAUAUAUUCAUAAAUCAAAGACUCUAUGAUCAAAAAGAUUAUACUUCUGUACAUGGUAUGUGUAGAUAAAUAAUUACCUAAACUAAGCUGAGUCUUUCAAUUUAUAAGAUUUUUUUUUUAAAUAGUACUGCAAUCGAUUAAAAAAUGUCAUUUCAUUGAAACAGAUAAUGCCAUCGUUUAAAAUGGAGACUGUUAUACUUACUGACUAUAAUGUUACUUUAAAAUAUCAACGCAUUGUUGCAUUAAUGCUUGUUUAAACUGCUGUUUUGUUUAUCCUUUUAGGAUGUAUGUGAAGUGUUAUUUUUUAUAUUAUU